AUGAUAACUGUUACGCACGCAUUGUCGUCCCUACAGCGGGGGUUGGGAGGAGAUAUUGUACGAGUAAUCGGUGUCGCUGGCUGCUUAGCAGAAGCUGAUGGCCUGGAUGUUCGAAGAGAUGUUGGUUGUGGUGUAGAGCGACAUGUUUUACCAGAAGUUGUCCCAGAAGUUACUGGACCAGAGGAAGCUGCAACAUUUCAAAUAGUAGUACCUGGAUUAAAAGAGCAGUUUGUUAAGUGUAGAUACUGA